CGGCGAGCGAACAGCACGGCGGUGAAGAAGGAGGUGCCAGAGAACAAACCUACGAUCCUGCUGGUGGACGAUGACAACACGCUGAGGCUGCUGGUGAAGUCGAGGCUGGAGAAGGACAACAGCAGGGUGAUCGACGCGGGGGAUGGAGAGGAGGCGCUUGAGAAGUUCCACAAGUCACGUCCUGACAUCGUGAUCUCGGACGUCUUCAUGCCUAAGAUGGAUGGGUUCGAGCUCUGCCGCCAGAUCCGCAAGCAUGACAAGCGCGUGCCGAUCGUGAUGCUUACAUCGAUGAACGACGUGAAGGACAGGAUCAAGGGUCUUGAUGCGGGUGCUGACGACUACAUCGUGAAGCCUUUUGCGCCCAAG